AAAAGUUUACCAUCGAAUUAGCCAUUUUGGUAGAUUACUCGGUUAAAGCAUUUCAUGGUGAAGGAACGAAGGAUUAUAUACUAAUGUUGAUGAAUAUAGCCGCAGAUGCGUUUAGAGAUUCUUCGUUCAAGUUUAAUGUCAACCUUGUUAUCAGUAAGAUUAUCUACCUCGACCAACAUAACUCAUCGCUUAUGAUUGACAAGUCAUCCGUAUCACGUACAAGGAAAAAUGUUGGUCACUACAUGUUCCCGUUUAACACUAUGGACGACACAAAUCCAGACCACUUUGACGCGUGCAUUUAUAUUACGCGUAACUUCUUCGGACCAGAAGGCUAUGCAAAGACGAGUGGAAUAUGUAGCAUGCUGGAAAGUACCGUUAUUGUAAGAGACGGAGGCUACAGAAAUGCAUAUGUUAUUGCUCAUGAAAUCGGUCACUUAUUAAGUAUAAAACAUGACGACUUCGAAUGGAAUUCAUGUCAAAAAGAUGUUUCACAAAAGAGCGUUAUGUCACCACAAGUUGCUUCAACAUACAGUCAACAUCCAUGGUCUGAAUGCAGUAAUGAUUAUUUUGAGGAAUUUGUUAAGACACCUAAAGCGAAGUGUCUACAUGAUGAGCCAUUCCACGAUAAGGUGUUGCAUCUUCCCGGCGAGUCUCAUCCGGGAUUCGGUGUCUCAAGCGACGACCAAUGCAAGGCUGCCUAUGAUAGCAAAUACGCAACAUGUGCCAGGUUUGCAACUGGCAAUAUGUUAUGCAAAACGCUGUGGUGUAGUAAAAUGGAUAAUCCGUAUUUCUGCUUACAUAAAAAUGUUCCGCCUUUAGAGGGUACAGUAUGCAGAGAGAACAAGUGGUGCAUUCGUGGAAAGUGCGUCGACUCUACCAAGAAGCAACCUAAGAAAAACGGUGUGGAUGGUGGAUGGACGGACUGGAGUAAACUCACCGAGUGUUCCGUAUCAUGCGGAGUAGGCAUAUCCAGUAGGAGCAGAAAGUGUACAAAUCCGGAACCUAAAAAUGGAGGUAAAUACUGCGAAGGAGAUAAUAUAGAGUACACGACUUGCAAUGUUCAGCUAUGUGAUGGCGUAAAAACUGAUCUUCGAGCCGAACUAUGCAGAGAGAAAAAUCAGGUAUUGAUACCAGCAGUUGCUGAAAAUGAAUCUGAGCAAUGUUUGUUGAAGUGUGUUCCUAAUAAGCCCCCAAUGUCUGGGGAAGUGGUUGUCAGCGGACCAGUCCCAGAUGGUACUUUUUGUUCCUAUGACAGUCCAUCAUCUAUUUGUAUCAAUGGAGAAUGCACGAAACUUGGUUGUGAUAACGUUAUAGGAUCACAGGCGAAGGUUGACAGUUGCGGCGUAUGUCAGGGUACAAAUGAAACGUGUUCAACGACAAAAAUAGCAUUCAAGAAAAAAAUGAAAAAGAAUGCCUAUGUGAUUACAACUAUCCCUGUGGGCGCAAGGCAUGUUCGAGUAGUCGAGAAAGCAAGGACUGGACACUUCCUUGUAUUGAGGAACGUUGAUAAGGGCGAGAAUAUCUUCGAUACCCGAAGCUCUGUUUGGCCAACAUCGGACAGGUCAGUUAUCUCAGCAGGGGUAAAGUUGACUUUCAGCAUCAAUGAAGAUGGAUUAAAGGAGAUAACGUCGUCCCCAGGGCCUAUAUUGAAUAAGCUGAAUGUAAAGAUCUAUAGAAACGAGACCGAUUCAACUGUGCCAUCGUUCAAAUGUCGAUUCAUCACAGAAAGAGAAGAAGAAGGGUUAACUAUAUUUGCAAGUGCGAGGUCAGCCCGCGUAGAAGUCGUACGAAAUACUCCGCAAUCUCAAUACGAUUGGGUAAUGGACAGUGUUACCAAGUGCACCGCUACCUGUGAUGGAGGAUUUCAAAAGGAAAUCUACAAAUGCAAACGAGCCUCUGACAUGAAAGUUGUAAAUAAACGAAAGUGUAAAACAAAAGCACCGAAUACGAGAAUUGCUUGUGCAGAACAGGCAUGUAAAACGUAUUCCUGGGACAUAUCUGCGUGGAGUGACUGCUCUAAGACGUGUGGAGGGGGCAAACGGACGAGGUCUGUCAAGUGCAUCCGGUCUGUCAAUGGAAAAACAAAAACCAUGAAGCCAACACACUGUACUGGUACAUCUCCACGUCCAAAUACAACCGAGACAUGCAGUGUUCGUUCGUGCUAGUCUAAUAGACAAUUUUUUACUGUAUUUGAUUUACAAUAAACUGUGUCCUUUAAAAUAGAUUUUAUUCAGAAGGACUAAAUAUGUAAUAUCAUAGCGAAAGAGAAGAAGUUUGCAGGUAAAUGUGUCUUUUAAGUGUACACUAACCACGCUUACUCACUUUCGUCUCAAAUGAAAUGUAAUAAAAUAUAUUUUGAAAUAUGUUUCACGUAGAUCUGCGUGAAAAAUUGAUCACGAGAUGAAUACGAUGUAUGGUUCAACUUGUGGUCGGUAAUUUAAUGUUGAUGUCGGAUAUUUCGGUCAGAAAAUUGGCAUCAACAGGAAAACCAUAAAUUUACAUCAUUUUUGUGCUUGUUAAUUGGUGCAUCUCGUAUUACCUUAUUUAGUUUAACUAACUCUUAAUGUCGAUCACUUGAGCUUAAUGCUUCUACGUGCGCAGACCUUAGAGAUUACGAAUAUCGUGUUGAUAUUGAGGAAAAACCUCAAGAUUCAUCGGAUUCUGUUAAAAAUACCCGGAACAUCCUAUGUAUCACUCCUUGGUGUUUCAUUUUUACUUCUUAUAUAUAUUGCCUUUUAUUCGUUACCCCCGAAGGACCAUCACGUAUAGUGAAUUAGUGCUUUUGGUUGGCUCAGUAUAUUAUAAUAGGCCUAUUGCGUGUAUUUAGUGUAUGAACAAUUUUACUAAAGUAUUUAAAAAAAAUGAAUGCUUAUAAAAUAAAUUGGACCGUUUUGGCCUGAAAGACAUAACAAGUAUUAACCAAAUCUAACAACAGUGUGAAAUGGUCCUUAUAAUUCCAGUUCAGACACCUUUUUCAUAUUUAAUAGAAAUAUAAUUAAUAAUUGAAUUAAUUUUAGGAGUUUGAUUUUGUAGAUCGUCUUAGUCAGCAGCACGUCUUAGUGAAACACUUUGCAUGCGACCUAUAUAUAGUUUAGCUGAUCGGUUUAUUUGCAACGAUGAUUUGCAAAUACUCUUUUUCAUAUUUAUCAAAUGCGACAAAUUUUCACCUUGUGUACAUAAACCAGGCCAGGUACAAGUUCAGGGCGAAAGAAUAACGUACGGUAUAGUACAGUAACUUGAUUAGACGAUCGGGUUGAUCGCCAGCCCUUGGCCAGCCCUUGCUUGUCAAGAGGCCAUGCCAGGAUGCAUUUCACACUCGAUACUGUAAGGAAUACGUUGAUCACUGGGUUUUUUUCGAUAAGUUGAUCAUUAUUAUGGGUUUUACCAAUGACCAGUAAGGCAGAGGCAAGGAAGUGCCUUGUACUUAAUACAUAAGGGAUCGUUAGGCUCAACUUGUUCGUUAGUUCUUCAAAGAUUAGUAGUGAGGCUAAGGCACGGGGGUGCAUUAACUCGAUGCAACGGAGGCAGUUGACCAGAUGGUCUUACACUGAGUCAAUAAAAUGUGGUCUCACUUUUGGUUGCCAAAAAUAAACGAGCUUUAACUGUAAAUACCCUUCCGGAUGAUUUUCGUCUAACUUUCAAAAUAGUUAAAUAGACUGACUCACAUGUAAACCUAUUUCUUUAAUUUCAAUAAAAUAUAUAAUAUAAACU